UGACAGCUGCUGCGACGGGGGUCGGUCCGUUGUUAAAAUCCACCUCCAUCUUCUUUAUUGUUGGGGAAAAUGGUGACCAAACCGACAGGAGCAUAAUCUACAGACUCUAAGCUUUCACCUGAUCACAAUAUUGUGACAUUCCGGGCUUUUAUAUAUUAGAAAAGGAAUGGUGAAAAGUGAACUCCGCCGGAAGAAUCCGAAUUCUCUUCAGGGAUUCGGGGGGGUUGGGGUCGCAUAGAGAUAUAUAGGAUCGUAGCAGUUAAAUAACGCGUGAAAAUAUUGACGUAACAUCGAAUUUAAGGGCUGACAUUAUCUGUUUUUAUAGAAAUUAGCUGAAAUACAGUCGAGUGACUCGGUCGGGAGAAACCAGUAAACAGCGAUGGAGCUACGAGUUGGAAACAGAUACAGACUGGGUAGAAAAAUUGGAAGUGGAUCAUUUGGAGACAUAUAUCUGGGCACGGACAUUUCAGUCGGAGAGGAAGUGGCCAUCAAACUGGAAUGUGUGAAGACAAAGCACCCUCAGCUCCACAUCGAGAGCAAGAUUUACAAGAUGAUGCAGGGUGGAGUUGGCAUCCCUACCAUAAAGUGGUGUGGUGCAGAAGGAGAUUACAACGUGAUGGUGAUGGAGUUGCUUGGCCCCAGUCUGGAGGAUCUCUUCAAUUUCUGCUCCAGGAAGUUCAGCCUGAAGACUGUCCUGCUGUUGGCUGAUCAGAUGAUAAGCCGCAUUGAGUACAUCCACUCCAAGAACUUCAUUCAUAGGGACGUGAAGCCUGAUAAUUUUCUGAUGGGCUUGGGAAAGAAAGGAAACCUGGUCUACAUCAUUGACUUUGGUCUGGCCAAGAAAUACCGUGACGCACGGACACACCAGCACAUUCCUUAUCGCGAGAACAAGAACCUGACGGGCACUGCACGAUAUGCAUCCAUCAACACACACCUUGGCAUUGAGCAGUCUCGGCGGGAUGACCUGGAGUCUCUUGGCUAUGUGCUGAUGUACUUCAACUUGGGCUCACUGCCUUGGCAGGGACUGAAAGCCGCCACCAAGAGACAGAAGUAUGAGCGUAUCAGCGAAAAGAAGAUGUCCACCCCCAUUGAAGUUCUUUGCAAGGGCUACCCAUCUGAAUUUGCCACGUACCUCAACUUUUGCCGGUCACUGCGAUUUGAUGACAAGCCAGACUACUCAUACUUGAGGCAGCUCUUCAGGAAUCUGUUCCACAGACAGGGCUUUUCCUAUGACUACGUGUUUGAUUGGAACAUGCUCAAAUUUGGUGCUAACCGUACAGCAGAGGAGGCAGAACGUGAGAGGAGAGAGCGGGACGAGCGGAUGAGGCACAGCAGGAAUCCUGCCGCUCGAGGGAUCCCAGCAGCCUCAGGCAGACCCCGCCCCACACAGGAUGGUGCUCCUCCCACCCCCCUCACACCCACCUCUCACACAGCAAACACAUCCUCACCGAGACCGGUCACUGGCAUGGAGCGUGAACGGAAGGUCAGUAUGCGGCUUCAUCGUGGCGCCCCAGUGAACGUGUCGUCCUCAGACCUGACGGGGCGGCAAGACACUUCCCGCAUGUCCACAUCACAGAAUAGCAUUCCCUUCGAUCACCACGGCAAGUAGUUGCUCGUCACGUCCUUGUGUGAAGGCAGGUGCACCAGUGCUGUGUACAGAUUGUCUCCAUGUCCCAGAAGCCUCCACUUUGCAAUAUGGAGCACGAUGGGCAACCUAACUACACAUGCCUGAUUGACAGCUCUUCACCAUCAGCUAAUAGAUAGGGCCGUCAGUCUCCUCCUCCUAUUGACCAAACCAAAAUGGUGUAGAAACCAACCUGACCUCUUUUCUAACAGGCUCUCUCUUUUUUUUCUUUCUCAUAUUUUCUCUCCCACACUCUGUAAAUGGUCUUAUGGACAUGAGAGCUAUGGCCUGUUGCGAAAUCACACCAGUAGGUUGACCAAGCAGAGACUGGAUCAGCCAGCCCACACCAUUGUCAUCUUAUUCGACCUUCCUUCACAGUUACACUCCUAUACAUUCA